AUAUAGCCGUGUGAGUCUUUUUAGAUUCGUCUCAAUUUUUUUAUUUUUAAAUUUCAACUUUUAAUAAUUGAAGAUAUUAAUUAAUAUUUGAAAUCAUACAUCGACAAACGUGAUUAGCAAUUGUCUCAUAUAAAUAAGAACAAAUGAAGUAAUUAAUAGCCGUCUAGGGGAACGUUCUCAAAGGUGGUCCUAUUAAGGAUCAAGAAAAAUGUCAUAAAGUAGUUGUAACGAUUUCAUGAUGAGUAAGAUACGUACUAUAACGAUAAAAUAUUCUCCAAACAUAAGAUCUAAAAUGCUUACAGGAUAUGAAUCAAUUUUGGCAUUUUUUCGCAGCCAAAGAAUCGCAUAUUUUAAAUAAAAAUAUUUAAAUCAUGCUUAUAGUAUGUAGCUAGAGCUUGAUCCAAAUGUGCCAUUUUUGACAAGAUAAAGGGCGAAUUAAGUCUCAGUUUGGUGCAACUUUACCAGAAUUAAGCAUUUUAACAGAGAUUCCAAGCUGAUUAAUUAAGCUCAAAACAGGAUUAAUGGAGAAAGUUGUUGAGAUUAGCAAUAUAAUACGCGUGUUCAUUUUUUAGGCCACUAGGGAGUUGGAUGUAUCGUGUACGUACCCCUAUCAGCUACUAAACUCACAUUCAACUUUUAAACAAGUGAUAUGCUCUCCAACAAAUAAAUCAAAUGCAUCAACUUUUUUUUAAUAAAAAACUACGAAAAAGUUUAGAAGAGUAAUAAGUACGGUAUAUUAAAGUAUGAAUUGUUAUUAUAUCCGUCAUAACUUCAAUUACGAUACAUAUACUCCGUAUAUAGUUGUUUAAACUCUAAAGUACCUAUAUGAAUAACUCUCGCCUUUUUAUAUUAUAAUACGCAUAUUUUUUAAAGUACGUAGUUACGUACUAUGCUACUACGGAGUAUAUAUGAAUUAUUUCUCGCGUUUUAAUAUUAUAUACGAAGUACUUUUUAAAGUACGUAUUAAAUGUUAUAUGAAUUAUUUCUCGCCUUUACUAAUGUUAUAUGAAGUAUAAACUAUUUAUGUUCUUUGCUAUUUCUUUUUUCGCGAAAGCGAGGGGAGUACCCCCAACAAACAAACAAACGAAAGCAAAGAAACAAUGUUAGUAAGAAAAAUGUUCUUUGCUAUUGUAGGAGUAUUUAUUUGUUUGAUCAAAUCCUAUAAAAGUAUCUAUCAUGCAAAUAAUUGCUUCGAAUUUGAGCCACAAAAUCUAUGAUUGUAUAUCAAAACAUUGACAAGAAAAGAAAGAAAGGAGAAAAUGUACAUUUUGAGAAAGGAAAAAGGGUAAAUUAUUUUUGUCAAGCUUCUUCAUUAUUAUUGUAUUGCUUGGCCACUAAAUUAGCUUUUAAUAUUUAGUGGGAUUGGAGCUAGACCUCUUUGUUUUGUCCAUUUGUUUAAUUUUUAAGACAAUCAAAUUCCAAUCACAAAAAGAAAAGCUCAAAUUUGGGACAACUAAAGUUUGAGAAAAAAUAUCUUAGAAAAAUGCAAAUGUAAAGGCCCACUUCUAAAUGAUACUCCCUCCGUCCCAUAAUAUAGUGCCUGUUUUCCUAAAAUGGUGUCCCUAAAUGAUGUGCCUAUUUCUAUUUUAAACCAUUAAUUUUUACUUUGAAAAUUGUACUUUUUGACUUUUAUUCAACCCAUGUGCUAUGAUUUUUGUCCUUUUUAGGCCUAUUUAUUAUGUACACACCUUUAAUCUAUAAUUUAUCUCUCCAUUUUUGCCAACUAACAUGUACUUUAUCUUGAAAGUACAAAUCAUUAUUGUUUUUAUUAUCAAUGUUAUCCUUUACCUUAAUAACCGUGAUUUUGGUCAAACGGGCACUAUAUUAUGGGACGGAGGGAGUACUUUUUAAUACAAGUCGUAAUCUAUGAGGUUAUGAUAUUACUCCAUGAACACAAAGAAGUGAUACCAAUAUAAGGAUGAAAUUGUUGUACAUCAGAUCCCGGUGUACUUGAAGUUAGGUGCUUAGGAUAUUUUAUUUAAAAAAAUGUUAGUAUUCACGUACGUAUCAUUUAUGUACUUACAUCUUGGAAGAAGUAAUAUUUUUUUUUGUUGACAUGAAUUAAAAAAAACACGUUUGAAUAAACUUGAACAAUAAGCGUUAUUCACAAUAAUAGAACAAAUUUCAUAACAUAAUACAAUUUAUGAGAUCAUCUGAUCUAAUAUGUUGUAGGUUCGAAUCCUCUAUCUCCUUUCAAAUUUGCAAUGCUCUUAUAACUCGCUUGGACCCGGAAAAAAACGAAUUCAAAAAAUUAGAUUAUUUUUAAUAGCAUAUUCAUUUUUUUUACAAGAUUAAUUAAAAUUUUGCCUAAUUUGUUUUUUUUUUUGAGGGAAUAAAUUGCCUAACUAAUUUACUAAAAAUGCUCUCAAAAUUUCCCUUGGCUCCCUUCCUCCUUCAACUUCCAGAAAUCUUCAUCCUCCAUUUUUUUGUUUUAAUUUUUCGUGCCCUAAUAUUUCAAUCAUAAAAAGUUCAUCAAUUAUGGCCGAAUUUCAAUUCUCAAUUUCAGAUUAAGGAUUGCUUUGUCAAGUUGGUGACAUUUGAUUCCGGCAGUUGCAAAUUCAGCUGGAAAUUUUGGCUAACUUUUGUAGUGUAGGAGCUAACUUCUUGACAUGCUUUAGUUUAUCGAUCAACUUCUCCACAAAUUUAGAUAUGUCGGGUUACAAGUCACAGGUCAUGGGUGGUCAAAGAGAGAAGUUCGUAAGGCUGAAUAAAAUGGACUCAUUCUCAACAACAUCCGACUCUUCUAAUCGGUUUGCAUUCAACAUAGAAGGAUUUAAACGCACUGUUUACGGAUCCCAAUCUUCAUCAAAGUCUUUUCAUAUAGGAAUGAUGGGACCUCAAGGACUUAAAACAUUUGGUAAAUCACUUAAAUCAGGAGUUACUCGAGCUGUUUUCCCAGAAGAUCUGAAAGUGUCUGACAAAAAAGUAUUUGAUCCUCAAGAUAAAUCCCUUCUUCUUUGGAACCGACUCUUCGUUAUAUCUUGCAUCGUUGCAGUUUCCAUAGAUCCUUUGUUCUUCUACCUUCCCAUUGUUGAACAACAGAAGAAUUGUUUAGGCAUGGACUAUGGUUUAGCUGUUACAACCACAACUCUACGUACCAUGAUUGAUGCUUUCUAUCUUAUUCACAUGGCUUUUCAGUUCCGUACUGCGUAUAUUGCACCGUCUUCUCGUGUUUUUGGACGAGGUGAACUUGUCAUUGAUACUAGAGAGAUUGCUAAACGUUACCUUAAGCGGUAUUUCAUCAUAGAUUUUUUAGCUGUUCUGCCCCUACCACAGAUUGUGGUUUUGAAAUACCUUGUUAAAGCUCAAGGUAAAGGUAUACUAGAGACGAAGAAAUGGUUGCAAAUAAUUGUGUUUGCUCAGUACAUAUUUAGAUUUGGAAGGUUUUAUCCUCUAACUUCUGACCUGAAAAAGACUGCUGGUGUCUUUGCUGAAAGUGCUUGGCUUGGUGCUGCUUAUUACUUGCUAUGGUACUUGCUCUCUAGUCAUAUUGCUGGGGCACUAUGGUAUUUAUUUGCCGUCGAACGGAUAGACACAUGUUGGCAAAACGCAUGUCAAAGUCAAGGUGAUAAGUGUGAUGACGAUUUUUUGUACUGCGGUAGUCAUAAUAUGGGUAAUUUUGAGGCAUGGAAAAAUGUUAGCGUGGAAGUUCUUGGUAAGAUGUGUUCAGUUGAGGAUGAAGAUUCAAACUUCAACUUUGGAAUAUAUACACAAGCACAAUCUUCUAAAAUUGUUGAAUCUCAAACGUUUGUCAAUAAGUUCUGCUACUGCCUCUGGUGGGGUCUUCAAAAUCUAAGUACAUUGGGUCAAGGGUUACAGACUAGUACUUAUCCAGGAGAGAUUAUAUUUUCUAUAUGUCUCGCUAUCUCCGGUCUUAUUCUGUUUGCACUUCUGAUUGGAAACAUGCAGACAUAUCUUCAAUCGCUUACUGUUAGGCUUGAGGAGAUGAGAAUAAAGAGGCGUGAUUCAGAGCAGUGGAUGCAUCAUCGUCUACUUCCUCAAGUUCUUAGGGAACGAGUUAGACGAUAUAACCAAUACAAGUGGUUGGAAACACGAGGGGUUGAUGAAGAGAGCUUAGUUCAGAGUCUACCAAAAGAUCUUAGACGGGACAUUAAACGACAUCUCUGCUUAAAUCUUGUCAGAAGAGUCCCGUUAUUUGCAAAUAUGGACGAGCGUUUACUCGAUGCCAUAUGUGAGCGACUAAAGCCUAGUUUAUACACCGAGCAAACCUACAUUGUCCGAGAAGGAGAUCCAGUAGACGAGAUGAUCUUCAUCAUAAGGGGACACCUAGAAAGUGUGACAACCGAUGGUGGAAGAAGUGGAUUCUUCAACCGAGGUUUGUUAAAAGAAGGAGACUUUUGUGGUGAGGAGCUUCUAACAUGGGCAUUAGACCCAAAAUCAAGCAUUAACUUACCAUUAUCAACAAGAACAGUGAAAGCUCUAACCGAGGUAGAGGCCUUUGCAUUGCGAGCAGAAGAACUGAAAUUUGUUGCAGGACAGUUCAGAAGACUUCACAGCAAACAAGUGCAGCACACGUUCCGUUUCUACUCGCAGCAGUGGCGGACGUGGGCGGCUUGCUUUAUCCAAGCCGCUUGGAGGCGGCACAUGAGGAGGAAGAUAGCUGAGCUCCGGCGGUUAGAAGAAGGCGAGGAGGAAGAUUACUCGGAAGAGGGGGGCAGAUUGAUUAGACGGCGUCAAGGUAGUUGUGAUGAUGGUGGUUCUAGUUUAGCUACGGCGUUUCUUGCCUCGAAGUUUGCUAGGAAUGCUCUUCGUGGGGUUCAUAGACUUCGAAGUGGGAGUAGCACUACUGGUUUAUCGUUGCAGAAGCCUUCGGAACCUGACUUCUCUGAUAUUGAUUAAGGUUUGUAGCCUAGGAAAUUAUCUUGAGAUAUAUAUAUUAAAGUAAUUGUGGUUGAUGACAUUAGAUGGAAUAUAUGUACAUAGUGAAAUCAUAGAGGAAAUUGCUAGGAAAAUAAAAUCAUUUGAAUAGGCAAUCAAUGAAAGGAAUACAAGCAUAUGAACUCGAUAUGAUACUAUGUGAAAUAUAGAUUUUGACUUCAAAACCAUUCCUAUCUUUUUUUUCCC